AGGUGGACUUCAGUCCGCUCAGCUGUGGGUAGGCUGCUGCUGAAUUACCGGUCGACAGAGUACCAAAAUAAGAGUUCGGAUAUUGUCAAUUAUAUUUUGUAUGCGGGAAUUUGAACAGGUUUUUCGUUGAGCCACAUCAAGAAUACAGACGUAUCGUUUAAGGGACACAUUGAUAGCCCACAGGGUAGCUAUAGUUAGCCAUGGAGGAUGGGAAACCAGUGUGGGCGCCCCACCCCACCGAUGGGUUUCAACUGGGCAUGAUCGUGGACAUUGGAGCUGGCGCCCUCACCAUCGAACCAUUCAACCGGAAGGGCAAGACCUUUCUUGCUUCUAUGAACCAAGUGUUCCCUGCUGAGGAGGAUGUCAACAAACAUAUGGAGGACAACUGUUCUCUUAUGUACCUGAAUGAAGGCACACUCUUAAACAACGUCCGAGUGCGGUAUAGUAAAGACCAGAUUUAUACUUAUGUGGCCAACAUCUUGAUUGCGGUGAACCCUUACUAUGACAUACCCAAACUGUACGCUCCAGAGACCAUCAAGUCUUAUCAGGGCCGGUCCCUGGGCACUCUACCACCUCACGUCUACGCUAUCGCGGACAAGGCUUACCGGGACAUGAGGGUGCUGAAGAUGAGCCAGUCUAUCAUAGUGUCUGGAGAAUCUGGGGCCGGGAAGACAGAAAACACAAAGUUUGUCCUCAGAUAUUUAACAACAUCAUACGGAACGGGUCAAGAUAUUGACGAGAGAAUUGUUCAAGCAAACCCCCUGCUUGAGGCGUUUGGAAACGCCAAGACAGUCAGAAAUAACAACAGCAGUCGCUUUGGGAAAUUUGUGGAAAUCCACUUCAAUGAAAAGAAUACAGUGGUGGGUGGCUUCGUGUCCCACUACCUGCUGGAGAAGUCAAGGAUUUGCAUGCAGAGUAAAGAGGAGAGGAACUACCACAUCUUCUACAGGCUAUGUGCCGGAGCCUCUGAGGACAUCAGACAGAGGCUGCACCUUGACUCCCCUGACAGCUUCAGGUAUUUGAAUCGAGGAUGCACGAGAUACUUUGCCAGCCAGGACACAGACAAACAGAUCAUGCAGAAUCGCAAGAGUCCUGAGCAUGUGAAGCUGGGCGCCCUGAAGGACCCUCUGUUGGACGACCAGGGAGACUUCAACAGGAUGUGCGGGGCCAUGAAGAAGAUUGGCCUGGACGACACGGAGAAGCUGGACCUGUUCAGGGUGGUGGCCGGGGUGCUGCACCUGGGUAACAUUGACUUUGAGGAAACCGGGAGUACAUCGGGCGGCUGCAUCCUGAUGAACCAGUCUAGUCAGAAGCUGGCCUACUCUGCUGACUUGCUGGGCCUAGACCAGGAGGACCUGAGAGUCAGCCUCACCACCAGGGUCAUGCUCACCACAGCAGGGGGCGCCAAAGGAACAGUUAUCAAGGUGCCUUUGAGGGUGGAACAGGCGAACAACGCCCGGGACGCCCUGGCCAAGGCCGUGUACAGCUGCCUCUUCGAUCACGUGGUCAGGAGGGUCAACCAGUGUUUCCCCUUCAAAACCUCCUCCAACUUCAUCGGGGUGCUGGAUAUCGCCGGCUUCGAGUAUUUUGAACACAACAGCUUUGAGCAGUUCUGCAUCAACUACUGCAACGAGAAGCUGCAGCAGUUCUUCAACGAGCGCAUCCUGAAAGAGGAACAAGAGCUAUAUCAGAGGGAAGGACUGGGAGUCAAUGAAGUUCAUUAUGUCGACAACCAGGACUGCAUAGACCUGGUGGAAGCAAAACUAGUGGGCAUCCUGGACAUUCUGGAUGAAGAGAACCGACUACCACAGCCCAGCGACCAUCACUUUGCCAACACCAUCCACAGCCAGCACAAAGACCACUUUAGACUGACGGUCCCUAGGAAGUCGAAGCUGGCUGUUCACAGGAACGUCAGAGAUGAUGAAGGCUUCAUCGUCAGACACUUUGCCGGAGCUGUGUGCUACGAAACGAUCCAGUUUGUAGAGAAGAAUAAUGAUGCCCUCCACAUGUCUUUGGAGAGCCUUGUGUGUGAGUCCAAGGACAAGUUUGUGCGAGAGCUUUUUGAGAACUCUAACAACAGCAAGGACUCCAAGCAGAAGGCUGGCAAACUCCGUUUCAUCAGUGUGGGCAAUAAAUUCAAGACCCAGUUGAACCUACUGCUGGAGAAGCUUCGUAGCACUGGCUCCAGCUUCAUUCGCUGUGUAAAACCCAACUUAAAGAUGGUGAGCCACCAAUUUGAAGGAGCCCAGAUUCUGUCUCAGCUGCAGUGUUCAGGCAUGGUGUCAGUGCUGGACCUAAUGCAGGGCGGCUUCCCCUCACGAGCUCCCUUCCAUGAGCUCUACAACAUGUACAAGCAAUACAUGCCUGACAAGCUCACACGACUGGACCCCAGGCUCUUCUGCAAGGCUUUGUUCAAAGCACUAGGGCUGAAUGAGAAUGACUACAAGUUUGGAUUGACCAGAGUAUUCUUCCGUCCUGGGAAGUUUGCAGAGUUUGACCAAAUCAUGAAGUCGGACCCGGACCACCUGGCAGAGCUGGUGAAGAAGGUCAACCAGUGGCUGGUCAUCAGCCGCUGGAAGAAGGUCCAGUGGUGCACCCUCUCCGUCAUCAAACUGAAGGAGAAGAUGAAAUAUCGUGCCUCUGCCCUUAUUAAGAUUCAGAAGACCGUCCGCAUGUGGCUCUGUAAGAGGAAACAUAAGCCACGCAUCGAUGGCAUGGUGAAGGUGCGUAACCUGAAAACACGGAUGGAGCGCUUCAACGAGGUGGUGGGCGCACUGAAGGAGGGCAAGCAGGAGAUGGCCAAGCAGAUCCAGGAGCUGGGGGCCUCCAUCGACACCCUUAUGGCCAAGAUAAAGGCAACAGUAAUGACCCGGAAGGAGAUUGACCAGGAGUACCAGGGUCUAGUGAAGCGCUCGGAGCAACUGCUCUCCUCUAUGCAGAAGAAGAAGCAGGAGGAGGAGGAGAUGGAGAGGCUGCGGCGCAUCGAGGAGGAGAUGUCGCAGGAGAGGAGGCGAAGGGAGGAGGAGGACCAGCGACGCCAGAAGGAGGAAGACUAUAGGAGGAUGAAAUCGGAGAUGGAGCAUAAGAGGAAGCAGGAAGAAGAGGAAAGGAAGAGGAGAGAGGAAGAGGAGAGGAUAAUGCAGGCGGAGAUGGACAUCCAGAUAGCGUUGGAGCGAGAGGAGGACGCCCAGCGGUCAGCCAUGUUGGAGCAGGAGAAGAGGGACAGAGAGCUUGCCAUGAGGAUCGCCCAGAGUGAAGCCGAACUCAUCACCGACGAGGCCUUGAUGGACCUCAGCCUGCGCAGAAAUGGGUCUUUCUCAGGUCUCUAUCCAGACACAAUGAGAUCCAUUGCUGGUGGACUUCAAAACCUCAAGGCAAUCACAAUGGAGGAAAUGGCGCUGGAAAUGUCACAACUUCUGGCUUGGGGUCCACAGGUGCAGGCACUCAAAGCCGCCGGCGUGAGGAAGUACGACCUGAGCAAGUGGAAGUACGCUGAGCUGCGGGAUGUCAUCAACACCUCAUGCGAUAUUGAGCUGCUGGCGUCAUGCAGGGAGGAGUUCCAUCGCCGUCUAAAGGUCUACCACGCCUGGAAGUCCAAGAACAAGAAACGUGACACAGCCACAGAGCAGAGGGCCCCCAAAUCUAUCACGGACUAUGCCCAACAGAACCCGGCUCCAGCCGUGGCCACCCAGCAGCAGGAGAUAGCCAUGAACCGCCAGCAGCGCUACUUCCGCAUCCCCUUCAUCCAUCCCGGUGACCAGUACAAGGACCCCCAGAACAAGAAGAAGGGCUGGUGGUAUGCCCACUUUGACGGGCCCUGGAUCGCAAGGCAGAUGGAGCUACACCCAGACAAGCAGCCCAUCCUACUGGUUGCAGGAAAAGAUGACAUGGAGAUGUGUGAGCUAAGCCUGGAGGAGACGGGCCUGACCACGAAGAGGGGGGCUGAGAUCCUCCCUCGGCAAUUUGAGGAUGUCUGGGAACGCUGCAACGGGAUCAUGUACCUUCGAAACGCCAUCGAAAGCAGACAGGCCAGGCCCACGUACGCCACAGCUAUGCUGCAGAACCACCUCCAGUGAACCAGAGGAGCACCCAUGUCCAUGGGCUCAAAAAGAAUGCAGUAAAUAAAUGAAAGAAAGCAGAAGCAUUCCCUAUUAUAGCAGUCUGAGGCUAACGGUUAUCUCACUGAGGUCAUUUAAACAUUUAACUUAGAUAUGUUGGUUUUGUUUCUUUGUUGGGAAUAUACAUACCAAUUUACAUCUCGUCCUCAAGCAAUGACCUACGAUUGAAUGAAAUGUUUACUACGAGACCUUAACUAUUUUAUUGGUAUUAAUGAGAAGUUUCAGAUCAGCCUUUCCUCAAGUCUUAAUUGUAUAUUCAUGUUUAGUUAAAUGACAUUUAAGCACUGUUGGAACUAUUGUAUUUGAAUAAAUUGUUGCAAAUAUUUGGCUUUAUGACUGGAGAGCUCUAGGAAUAAUUGAUUUUGUCGACACAUUUUCAGGAUAAUGCAGCUGCAAUGUUCCUGUCUGUAGGGCUGGUAUUUCCAUAAUGCUGGGGGCAGGUUGUAUCCUUGAUGUUGAAUUUGCUGUUUUUUUUUAAGAAAGCUUAUUUUACAUUUUGUAUUUAUGACAAUGAAAACACACCAGCUCACAUCUUUUAAAAACAGGUUAAAAACAGGACAUCGCAGGACUUUUGCAAUGAUAGGUGAUUCAUAGGAAGGCAGAUGACAUUUCUCAAAAAUAUCUUGUUUACGACUUUGUCGAAGACUGUAUUUUGAAUGUCAUCGUUAAGUCGCUCUGGAUAAGAGCGUCUGCUAAAUGACUUAAAUGUAAAUGUAAUACAGGAGGUUAGAGCACAAACCUCUUUGGAACAGUGAAAGAAAUUGGAGUCACCAUUUGUAUUCCAUAGUGACAGAUUGUAUUUUCAUCUAAUAACUCCUUUUUAAAAGAAAUUGUAGAAUUUGUAAACAUCUUUUCAUAGAGGGAACUCAAGUGCUUUCUGUUCACCACUAAUAUAAAACACUAAAAACCGAAUUGUCCAACUAUUUUAAUAACAUUGUUGAAAGUUUAAUGUUUCUAGGUGUGAUUUGUAUUUGUCUUUCAAUCUAGAUUGCUUGACUUUUGCCUAUCCUUGACAUUCUGACAUGAGUAAAAUCACCUCAUUGUGAACCCCCAAUUACAAUUUGAUAAUGAGUGAUCUAAUUGUUCGUAUUUUCGGUAUAUUAAUUGUUUUGCAAUUUCAGAUUCAACUUCAAUUGUGUGCUGAGUAUUGCACUGCAAUAUAGGAAAUAAAUGCAUUCAACCUUA